AUGAUGGCUGGAUGUAUACCUCUUGAUGCUAUGCGUCAAUCAACUCUUGAAUGUUUAUAUAAUCAAUCAUGUAUAGAUGCAAUAUCACUUCAACCAAAAAUUUCACAACCAAAAGCUUUAAAUGCAUCGCUAUCACGAUUUCCAUUGAAUUCGACAAUCGGUUCAAUAUUUGAUGAAUCUUUAUUUAUUGAAUCUUGGCAAAAUCGAUCGAGUUUUGAAAAGUAUUAUGCUGCUUGUGCACCUCAAUCACUCUCUUAUAAUUAUAAAACUCGAUUUCAUCUUGGUACAAUUAUUACAAUGAGUCUUAGUGCUUUCGGUGGUCUUGUUGUUGCUGGGCAAUUAAUUACACCAAGCAUCUUGAAAAUUUGGAAACGAAUUAAAUGGAAAAACCAACAAAGACAAACACAUAUAGAAUUAGAAAUUUUAAAAAUGGCACCAAAACCAAUAAAUAAAGGUUAA